AUGAUUGAAAUUGAAGGGCUUCAAAUGUGGCUACAGAGGUGGACACCCGAUUUCAAGCCUGAGGAAGAUGUGUCAAUAGUUCCGUACUUCAAGUUUCUGAACUUUUGGGUUGAUCAAGAUGACUUCUUGGAAGUAGUUAAAAGGAACUGGAUCUCUCAUACCACUGGAAAUAUCUUUUGGACCAUUCACCAGAAGAUGAAAAAUACUAGCAAGGCUCUUAGUGAUUGGUCUAGAAGCAAAAUUAGUAAUAUUUUUGAGAAAGAGAAACAACUUGGAGAUCUGGAGGACAGAAUGAAACUAUACAAGGCUAAAGCAGAAUUCAUCAUUCACCACAAACAGGUAGAUUCUUAUUGGAGGCAGAAAGCUAAUAUCAAGUGGCAAUUGGAAGGUGAUGAGAACACUAAAUUUUUCCAUUCAGUGGUAAAGGGUAGAAGAAGCAUGCUUCACAUUAAUAGAAUUCAGAAGGAAGGAGUGUGGAUCCAAGGUGAGAAAGAUAUUGGGUCAGCAGUUGAAUUUUACCAGAACCUGUUUGCUCAAGGAAACUUUAAUAUUGAUAGAACCAUCCUGGAUCCUCUACCCACCUCUGUUUGUCAAGAGGAUAAUGAGAUGUUGAUGACCAUUCCUACUCUUAAUGAGGUCAGAGAGGCUGCUUUUGAUAUUAACCCCAAUAGACCUCCUGGCCCAGAUGGUUUUAGCAGUCUAUUUUUCAAAAAAUUGAUUUUCCUCAAGAAUUCUUUGAAUUUACCAAUUAGUCUGAGUAAUGUUACUCAGAAAAUUGUGUCUAAAGUCAUGAAUUAUAGACUUUCAAAAAUCAUUCCAAAUCUUAUUUCCCAAAAUCAAAGUGGUUUUGUAAAAGGAAGGGCUAUUGGUGAAAAUGUUUUAUUGGCUCAAGAACUUAUUCAUGACAUUAAGAAUAAUAAUAAAGGAGGUAAUGUUGUUUUCAAAAUUGACAUGAACAAGGCUUAUGACAAGAUUUCUUGGAAAUUUAUCUGUGAUGUUAUGAGGAAAAUGGGAUUUACAGAGACUUGGAUUCAUAUAAUAUGGAUCUUGUUGACCAAUAUGUGGUACUCUGUGAUGAUUAAUGGUAAAAGGCAUGGCUUCUUUAAGUCACAGAGAGGUGUCAAGCAGGGAGAUCCCAUUUCCCUUCUCUUUUAUAAUUGCAUCUGA